AUCGGACACCGUAGGAGCGGGCGGGGAAAGGGUGUCGAGCCCAGAUGUUCGCGCAGAGCCGGUUUAUAUUCACAGUCCUGAGUUUAUUUAUCUCAGAGAGGAAAGAGUGAAAGAGGUGCGAAGUCCAAUGAACUCCAUCAUCAGAUCUGCGUUUGGGGGAGGCCGAGGGCUGUGGCGUCCAGCGCUGAAUGCUGUUAGAGCGAUGUCUGCCUCAGGAGGCCCCACCCCACCUUUCACCACCCUGUCAAUCAGCCAACCAGCCUCUCAUGUCACCCAUGUGGAGUUGCACCGUCCAGAGAAACGCAAUGCCAUGAACCAGGCCUUCUGGAGUGAGAUGAUUGACUGCUUUAAUCAGAUCGCUGAAGACCCAGAGUGCCGUGUGGUCGUCUUCUCAGGUGCUGGGAAGCUUUUUACUGCAGGUAUCGACCUUAUGGACAUGGCUGGUGGUUUACUGCGACCUGACGCAGACGACACUGCCAGGAUAUCGUGGAAAGUUCGCCAGACUAUUUCCAAAUACCAGGAAACCUUCUCAGUCAUUGAAAAGUGUCCGAAGCCCGUGGUGGUCGCAGUGCACGGCGCGUGUGUCGGAGCAGGAGUGGAUCUGAUCACUGCCUGUGAUAUACGUCUCUGCACGCAGGACGCCUGGUUUCAAGUGAAGGAGGUAGACAUCGGCUUGGCAGCAGAUGUUGGAACUUUGCAGCGUCUUCCGAAAGUGAUUGGCAGUGGAAGCUUGGUGAAUGAAUUGGCUCUCACUGCGAGGAAAAUGUACUCGGAUGAAGCCAAGAGUUCCGGCCUGGUCAGUCGUGUGUUCCCUGAUAAAGAGACCCUGAUGGCGGGAGCGAUGGAGGUCGCAGGAGAGAUCGCAAGCCGGAGCCCCGUUGCUGUCCAAGGAACCAAAAUCAACCUCAUCUUCUCCCGAGACCACAGCGUGAAGGAGGGCCUGGAUUUCGCGGCUAUGUGGAACAUGAGCAUGCUGCAGACUGACGAUCUCAUGAAGUCAGCUCAGGCAGCCUUGGAGAAGAAGAGCAUCAAACAAGUUGUCUUCUCCAAGCUCUGAGGUGAGAAGAUCCGGUUCAGAUGGCCUCUUCAGACAGAGCCUUCCUGUUGACUCUACUCUGAUCCGCAAAGUUUCAGCAUCAAGAUUUCUUCAGUUCUUCAUGGCAGUUAUAAUAAACACUCUAUUGUUCUAACAAUUCUGAAUGAAAACAGAACUGAUUUAAAAUGUGUUGCCUUAACAUGGACUGAUUAUCAGGUAACGCUGAAAUGCUAAUGUCAGUUUUACAGGAGAACUGUACGCAGCAUAAUGCGGCUGAUAUGUCUAAUGGUUUUUGAUGUUAAAGCAAUGUAUAUUUCUGCAUUAAAUUACUUUGGAUGUAUAAUA